AUGCUGGGCAGUGGUAGCCGCGACGUCAGUCGCCCGCUGCGCCCCUUGGCUCGACAGCCGCCGGCGCGCGUUGUGAACGUGCGCGCCGUACCAAACCCGGAGCGUAGCAUCCAGCGCAACAGCGGUGCCCCGGUCGAGUACCUAACGUGCACGAACGAGCCGCCCUACGCCACAGUCAACUUCGUCGGCCUCGACAACGGCAACGCUAACUCGAAGUUCUUUCGCCCAUCCAUGCUGUGUGCGCCUGGUGAAGAGCGACUCGUGAAGGACAGUCACGUCCCUUUCGGCGCCAUCCUCGCACCGCUGUGUCAACCGCUCCACAACAAGGAGGUGGUCCCACUGGUAAAGCAGCCAAAGCCACCUGUGCGCUGCCACCGCUGCCGUGGCUACAUGAGCUGCCACGCCCAAGUCCUCGAGAUGGGCCGUAAGUGGGAGUGUCCACUGUGCGAGGUGACCAACGACGUCGCCGACGACUUACCCAUUACUGAUGGAAUGGGGGGUCGGGUGAGCGUGGCGGAUCACCCGGAAUUGAGCUUUGGCAGUGUGGAGUUUGACGUCGACGACUUCCCUGAGUACGCGCUGCGCACGGAGACCGGUGUUGUGCUGCCCAACCGGCCGCUGCAUCACCUGUUCCUCAUCGACAUCUCACGCGACGCGGGGCAGCGCUUUCUUGCCGACUACGCGGAGGCUAUUCGGGCUGCCCUGCAGCGCAUGGCAGAGCUGACGCCCGAGUGUAGGGUGUCCUUUAUCACAUUCGCUUCGCAGCUGCACUUCUACAACUUUCGCCACCCUGAUAUACCGCAGCUAUGCGUGCCGGACGUCGAGAACCCGUUUGCGCCGCUGCCGUUCACGAGUUUGUGCUGGCUGGAGGUAGGGGCGGAGCUGGAGCGCCUGGAGAACUUCCUGACUCGGUUACCGCGUUUGGCCGUCGACGCGGACGAGUCGGAUUGCGUGCUCGGCGCUGCGGUGAAGGCGGCGACGCUGGUAUUGGCAGGGCAGCACGGUGGGCGUGUGAUCAUGUGCGCGGGCCGCCACCCGCAGCGCGGCAUUGGACACAUUGUGCUUCGCGAGCAGCACAAACUCUACGGCACCGAUCGCGAGAAGGAGCUUCUGCGGCCCAUCGAAGGUUUCUGGACAACCACGGCAGCCGCGGCGGCGAGGCAGCAGAUCUCUUUUGACUUGUUCAUGUUUGCCACGGGGUAUUGUGAGCUGGUGACGCUGUCCAACGUGUGCCACGUGACGAACGGUCGCGUUCUCCUCUUCAACAACUACGACCCACUUGUUGACAACACCAAGGUGAGCGCCUCCAUGCAGCAGCUGCUGACCGAGGAGGCCGGGUACGCUGGCAUCCUGCGUGUUCGAUGCAGCACCGGCCUCCAUGUGCAGCGCUAUCGGGGCCACUACCUCUCCCAGACGGUGCAGGACAUGGACCUGGCCAGCAUCACGGGCAGCUCCACGUUCUUUGUGGAGUUCGCGCAUGAGGACAAUCUGCCGAAGGACAACUACGCCCAUUACCAGUCAGCACUGCUGUACACCACACGCUCUGGCCACCGUCGCGUGCGGGUGCAGUCGUGCCGGCUGCGCGUCGCCUCCUCCUUGACCGUUCUCUUCCGCAACAUGGACCUGGAGGCGGUUCUGUUUGGCUUUAUCCAAGAUACCAUGGCGGAGGCGGUGAACAAAGGCCCACGGCAGGCGCGCCAGGGGAUGACGGACCGCCUCAUCAAGGCCUUCUUGUGUUACCGCCAGUACUGCGCCUCGGAGAAGGCGGGUGGGGAUUAUGAAGACGUCAAGACCACCAUCCGUGAUAAGAAGAACACUCUCCUGAUGCCGCCGCGGCUGAAGUUGCUCCCGGUCUACCUGCUGUGCCUGAUGAAGUCUGACGCGCUAACAGAGGGCACCAUCGUGCACAUCGACCACCGCGUGGCCAGCAUAUUUGACCUUGUCUCGAUGCCUGCCCACAAGCUGCUCAACUACCUAUACCCUUCUCUCUUCUGCCUGGACGACUUGGAGAGCGACCCGGCGAUCGGUACGCUGGAUGUGGCGACGGGAGACUGCAUUCUACCGCACCAUCGCCAGCUCCUCUUCGACAGCGUUGCGCGGGAUGGCACGUACUUGCUAUGCGACGAGCAGGCACGGCUCGUGUACAUGUGGAUUGGGGAAAAUGUGCCGCCGAAGGUUGCGAGUACGUUAUUCGGCACCUCUGAUGUAGGCUCCGUGUGUGUGGUCGGUGGGCCAGGCGAGGAGUGCUUCAGUGAGCGCCUGCGCAACGUCCUCUACGCGCUCAUGCUGCGCGAGGAUGGCAUGCGGCGUCUCAUCGUGAUUCACCACGGUGAGCGCUCUGAGGACUCCUUCUUCAAGGAGCUCAAGGAGGAGAUGUGUACCAACAAGAUGGGCUACGACGAGUACUUGACGCAUCUGCACCGCACAAUCCAGACGCGGGUGUCGUCAGGCUGGUGA